AUGAAAAGAACAGCCACGGAUGAAAUAUCGGGUGGAGAAGUUCAAAUUCAAGCUCUUUCUAUAGUCUUAUGUCAGCCUAUUUAUUCAUAUGUUAAAUUCGAUAAUAAUCCAGAAGAUGGACAUUAUAUUCCAUCUGAUAUCAGUAUACAAAAAUUGAUUGAUCGAUUCGAUAAAGGUACUGCAGGUGUUCAUCUUAAAUAUAUUGGAUAUAAGUCAGAUAUGAAUAAAUUGAGUUUAUGUGUUCAUUUUACUGGCAAUCAUUAUUAUGCUCUCCUACCCUUUAUAAAUAAUCCUCAACAAUUUAUACCCAAGCAUGACAUAAUUAAUAUCAGUUUAGAAAAUGAAACAAGAUUCAACUAA